AUGCAGUUCAACAUUCUCUUCCUGCUACCUCUUGGAGCUGCAGUUGUCAAGGCCGCCGCAACGGGUCCCAAACUUGCCGAGGCGCCAAUUGAGGGCUACAGCGUGUUCGUACCCCAGUGGGAAGUUCAAGCUACCCCUGGCGGUGAGACACUCAUCAUGAGUGGAACGGUUCAAGAAGUUCUCGACAAGCUUCGCAAGGCCAACCCUUACUACGAUGACUCGUUCCUCAACGAAUUCAACGUCACCGCUUCGGAAGAAAAUGAGCAGACUGAAGCCCUACGACCUCGCGCAGACUUCACCGGUGCUCCCGCCAACUGCGACCCCUGGGAGUUGGCUGGCCGUAAUCGCAUUUACCAAGGCAUCGAAUACCUUGAGAGGAUUGGUGGCAAGCCGCACAAUGCUGCGGGCCCGGCUGCCUGCGGUAGGGUCAGCUGCAGCUACAACAGCGCCAUCGAAAUCUGCAAUGAUGAUUCCAAGCCAAAGACUCUUAACUCCUUCAAGGAUAUCGCUGACGGCGCACGCUAUGUUGAUCACAUGUGCCAUCGAUGGGAGAGCACCAGAUUGGCUGGCCAAGUGCACCACAAGGACAAAUGGAACGUCAUUGUUCGUUGGGCAAGGUGCUAA